CGAAAUCCCUAAUUGCUUUUUCGACAAAAUCCUUUUUGGUUUGUCGAAGAAAUUCUUGUUAAUUAUCUCUCCAUCUCUAAUUUGUUUGUAUUCGAGUGGAUUGUAGCUGAGCUCAUCUUGUGAUGGAACCCAAAACCUUCAAUUAUGGCCUAAAUAAUUGAUUAAAACUGAUUUUGGAGAAACUGACCAUUCUAUUGAAGAUGACCUUAGUGAAUCUCUUUGAUAUAUAGAUCCAUGGCAACUGGAACUUCUUCAUCGUCUUUACUUCCUUCUGAUGAAGAAGAUGAGAUACUGAUGUUAUAUGGGUCGGAAUCGGGUUGGGUUGAGCCCAAAAGUUACUGUGAUCACCUCGCUUCUCUGUCCUCUGAUCUCACCCAUAUUCCAACUCCUGAUACUCCUUGCAACAGGUGCCAACAUCCAGCAGAGAACUGGCUAUGUUUGUGCUGCAAGGAGGUUCUCUGCAGUCGAUUUGUUAAUAAGCACAUGCUUGAGCAUUACAAGCUGACCAAUCACUCUUUAGCGCUCAGCUUUAGUGAUUUAUCAGUAUGGUGUUUCUCCUGCAAUGCAUACUUAGAUGCUCAAGCAAUAAUGCCAUUGCAGUCUGUUCAUUUCACCGCCUACAUACUGAAGUUUAAUGAGCCUCCACCUUUGCGAGCAGUGGAGUGUGUACAAAUUACAGAUAACAGAGCAGACGGCUCUACUUCUGGGAAGUAAUCACGCCAUCUUCCCUUUGAUGCCUAUGAUGUUAGGUUGUUCAAACAUUCUAUUCAAACUGAUUUGUCUAUAGGAAAAUGGUUUAGCGAAAGGCAUUUUUAUCUAGAUGUUGACACAUUAACCUCUUCUUUCUGUGCUUGGUAAGCAAAAUAGUUUCUUGAGUAUACGGUGCACUAAGAAGGCACUGUCAGCAUAAAAGUUUCAGUGUAGACAUUGAUGGAAUCUAGGAUGUUUAUCAUUAACAAUAUUCAUCCUCCACUGGAAAA